AUUUUUACUUUUAUUUAUUAACUUAUUAAUUAAUUAAUUAAUAUUUAACACAAUUAUAUUUUUUGAAACAAUAACUCAUCAGACGCUUCUAUUCGGAUGAUACCCAGAAGUAAAGCCGGUAGUAUUUUGUGUAAAUAUGAGACGAGAAGCUUCUUUGUUUGAUUUACGUAUCGUAGUUUUACAAAACUAAGCACUAGCCAAUCAGAGACAACGGUUUGGAUACCCAACAGAAACGGCGCCGACCAAAAAAAAAUUUCUAUCACAUUCUUUUCUUUUUUUUUUUAAAUUGUCAACAAAUUUUCAAAUUUACUACGUCAUUUUUAAUUUCAAAACAAUUUCUGCUGAUAAAAAAAAAAUGUCAAAUAUAUAAAUUUAUUUACUAUGAAGACUUCGGUCCCGUUGUUUCCAUGGAUUCAAUCGAUCAAACUGUUAAUUAUCAAUAAUAAUUUAUAACGAUGGCGAGCACUGCUGCGAGUUCAGAUAAUAAACGGACCGGAAGUAAUAAUUUGGCUACUAUUUAUGGCAGAGUACCGACAGUUGGGGCUGACAGAAUGAAAGUGACAUUUUGUACAGAUAUGGAUAAAUCUGUAAUUGUUUAUAAUUUUGAAAAGCGCGGGUGGACCCAAGUUGGUCCUGAAGAUGAUUGGAAUUUUUAUUGGGCGGUAACUCAAUCGUGCAGAAGUAUUUUUAGUGUAGAAACCGGAUAUCGUAUGGGAGAUAAUCAGACAAUUAAUCAUUUUCCAAACCAUUAUGAAUUAACACGCAAAGAUUUGCUGGUGAAAAAUAUAAAAAGGUACAGGAAAGAUUUAGAACGAGAAGGAAGUCCUUUAGCAGAAAGAGGAGACGGUCCUGGAAAAUAUCUUCACCUUGAUUUUAUACCCGUGACUUUUGUUUUGCCUGCUGACUAUAAUAUGUUCGUUGAAGAGUAUCGCAAGUCUCCGCAGAGCACCUGGAUCAUGAAACCCUGCGGAAAGUCUCAGGGUGCGGGUAUUUUUUUGAUAAACAAACUCAGCAAAUUAAAAAAGUGGUCACGCGAAGCCAAAAAUCCAUUCAAUCCCAAUUUGUCCAAAGAGUCUUAUGUAAUUUCGAGGUACAUUGACAAUCCCCUUUUGAUUGGCGGUAAAAAAUUCGACCUGAGAUUGUACGUGCUGAUAACUUCUUUCCGUCCGCUCAAGGCCUAUCUCUUCAAGUUGGGGUUCUGCAGAUUUUGUACUGUCAAGUACGACACAAGUAUCCAGGAGCUUGACAAUAUGUACGUACACCUGACAAAUGUUUCCGUACAAAAACACGGUGAUGAGUAUAAUAGUCUCCAUGGAGGCAAGCUAAGUGUUCAAAAUCUUCGUCUUUAUUUAGAAAGUACAAGAGGCAAAGCUGUUACUGAAAAAUUGUUUGCUAAUAUUUCAUGGUGUAUUGUUCAUUCAUUGAAAGCCGUUGCACCAGUUAUGGCUAAUGAUAGACAUUGUUUUGAGUGUUAUGGAUAUGAUAUUAUUAUUGAUAAUAAACUUAAACCCUGGUUAAUUGAGGUAAAUGCAUCUCCUUCUCUAACAUCAACGACUGUUAACGAUAGAAUAUUAAAAUACAAGCUUAUCGACAACAUAAUCUCAAUAGUAGUCCCGCCAGACGGAGUGCCAGAUGUCAGAUGGAACAAGUGUCCCUCGCCAGAGGCGAUGGGGAAUUUUGAAUUACUGCUGGAUGAAGAGCUCUAUGCACUCGAAGAGAAGGAAGGUCCUUCAGGAAAGUAUAGAUAUUCAUCAAGUAAAUGGAAAUAAUUAAUAAAAAUUAAUAAUUCGUCAGAAUUAAUCAACAAAAAAAUUUAUUAAUUAUUAUUAUUUUUUUUUUAAAUGUUAUUUUUGUACAAAUAUGUUACAUUACACAGGAUAAUACGAAAUAUUGUCACCUAUGUUUAUGAUAAAAAGUGAAAAAUGCUAGUAAUUAAUUAAUUAAUUUUUUUUUAUUCAUUCAGUCUUGGAUGCUCAAUGCAAUCAGUGAUUUGAUCGAGAUUAUUACUACUUAAAGGCGAUCUAUAAUUACUUGGCAGUGCCAAAUGUUAAAACGUUUUAUAUUUUAGUCUUAACUAUAAAUUUUAUUUUUUAGAAAUGUGCGAAUAAUUCAAAUUUUUUUAAUUAUUUGUAAAUUUUCUUCAGAACAUUUUGAAUUUGAAUUUUUUUUUUCUAAUAAUUCAAAUUUUUGCCAGAGGUAAAAAGAGCUCAGAGAUGAAUCUAUGAAAUAAUUACUUUUGGUUGCUUAAAAAAAAAAAAUUAAGCUCUCCCUUAAAUAAAAAAUUGAAUAUUUAAAAUCUGAUUCAAAUUUUUUCCUGAAAAAAACUUUCGGAUAAUUCGAAAAUGAUAAUUAUUAGACUCGAAUAAUUAUGUCCAAUUUGAACACGAUUUGCACACCCUAAUUAUAAAUAAUAUUUAAAAAUCACACUAUUAUAUUUUACAAUAAACUUUAAUAUACAAUAAUAUAAAAAGAAAAAUGAAAUCUACAGUAUUGUAAAAU